GAAAUAUUCCUGUAUCCUCAAACAUACAUAUAUAAUAAAUUGCAUAUCAAUCGAAGUCCGUUCGCAUUCUCAAUAAAAAAAUAAAAGAAAGAAAGAAAAAAAAAACAAAUAAUAAAACACGUAAUGCUCCCGUGAAAGAGAGAAUGUGGUGAAUUUUGGUGUCCUAUACUAUAAUACAAACAGGAAAGCGGUGAAAUCUUAAAGAUUUACUGUUAAAGCGAACUUACUUGACUAGUGCAAAUGUCACUGUUUUUAAAUAUGUACAUGCAUAUAUGUAUAAAAAACUUUAAAUAAUCUAAUUUCGUAGAUAAGAGAUUAAACUUUUUUAGAAAAAUAAAAAUGUUCAACUAAACAUUAUAUUAAAAUAUGCAAUAUUUUAAUAAACGUAAUUUGUGUUUAAAACUGCACUAAAAAAACUGAAUUAAAAGCGACUAAAUAAUUAUGAACCACUCACUCACUAUCCGAAUUCCUAGUUCUUAAUGGGAGUAAAUAUAGGAAAUAAGAUCGUAAAUAACCAAAACAAGUUUGUGCUCUAGCAACGAUCUUAGGUGAUUUGUUGUUUCCUGAAUUAAAGCAAAUCUCUUUCUGCUCGAUAAUUAUUUGAAAAAAUUUUAUUCAUAACUUAUUAAAAAAACAUGUCAUCAUUGCACCUAUAAAUCUGGGAUAUAUAUUUAAAAGAACAUAGCAAAACAAACGCAACAUAAAGCAAAACGAUGUACAAUAUGUCAACAAUAUUUUCAAUACUAUUAUUAAUUAUUAGUUAUAACUUAGAAGCGACUAUUGCAAAGACAAAUUUAAAAAAGUCGUCAAAAAUUUAUCAAUCUGAUGAAAAACCUAUAACUGAUGGCCAACGAUUUGCUAUGGAACCACAAGAUCAAACUGCUGUUGUAGGUUCAAGAGUUACAUUACCAUGUCGAGUGAUAGAUAAAUUGGGUGCAUUGCAAUGGACGAAAGAUGAUUUUGGGCUAGGUACGUCGCGCAACUUAAGUGGUUUUGAACGUUACUCAAUGAUAGGUAGUGAUGAGGAAGGGGACUUUUCAUUGGACAUAUAUCCAGUUAUGUUAGAUGACGACGCUAAAUAUCAGUGUCAAGUUGGACCUGGCCCUUUAGGUGAAUUAGGAAUAAGGUCCAGAUUUGCAAAAUUAACAGUAUUAGUACCGCCAGAGGCACCGAAAAUAUUGCAGGGCGAUUAUUUAGUAACGACUGAAGACCGAGAAAUAGAAUUAGAAUGCAUUUCCGUAGGAGGAAAACCAGCGGCCGAGAUAACCUGGAUUGAUGGUUUUGGAAAUGUUCUAUCAACGGGUAUUGAAUAUUUUAAAGAAUCCCUAAUUGAUGCUAGACGCUUUACCGCAAAAUCGAUUCUGAAAUUAGCCCCUAAAAAGCAACACCACAACACAACAUUCAUCUGUCAAGCUCAAAAUACUGCUGAUCGAACUUACCGGUCGGCUAAACUUUUACUCGAAGUUAAGUAUGCUCCAAAAGUUGCAGUUUCAGUAGUUGGUGGAGCCCUAGCUGGUGGUCAUAUACCAGAAGGAGCAGAAGUUAUUUUAGGAUGUAAAGCAGAUGCUAAUCCCAAAGAAUUAAGUUAUCGUUGGUUUAUAAAUGAUGAUUUGGUAACAGGCGACUUCACUACAAAAAUGAUUAUUCACAACGUAACCCGUCAAUACCAUAAUGCUGUUGUUAAAUGUGAAGUCACCAAUCUUGUAGGUAAAAGUGAGGAGAGUGAAACUUUGGAUAUUAGUUAUGGUCCAUCCUUUCGUCACCGUCCGAUAUCUGUGGAGGCUGAACUUGAUGCAACAAUAAAUUUAUUAUGCGAUGUAGAUGGCAAUCCAUCACCUGAAAUUGAAUGGAUAAGUGAAAAUUCAGAUAAGGUUGUGGGCACUACUGGAAAUAUAUCAAUAAGAGUCUCAUCUGAUACCGCAGGACGUUAUUUUUGUAAAGCAGCAGUUAGUGGUUUUCCAGAAAUUGGUGCUGAAGCGACAGUUUACAUCAAACGCGCACCAAUUAUAACUUCUCAUAAAGUUCAAUUUGGUGCUGUGGGCAACCGCGCGAAAAUUGACUGCUUAGCAUUUUGUAUCCCAAAAGCAGACCAUAUCUUAUGGUCAUACGAAGGCAAAAUUAUUAACAUGACAUCAGCAGAUCCAGAUGUAUACAUUUUUGAAGAGAAUCAUUUACCUGAGGGUGUAAGAGCAGCGCUUAUUAUUAAGGAGAGUCAAAAUAAUCAUUAUGGGAAAUAUAACUGUACUGUUAUCAAUUCAUACGGAAGUGACUCUUUACUUAUAACAUUAAUACCAGAACCAGGUACAUUUCCCAUCCUACUAAUUAUAAUGGGUGCAAUGUCAUCAGUAGCUGUUGUUUUAAUGAUUGUAAUGCUCAUAGUUGUCAUAGUGAAACGAAAUAGAAAAAAAACUAAACAAUCUGAUAUCUUACCUGAGGCUUCAGUACGUAAUGACAAGUUAUCAGACUUGAAAAUUGAACUACGCUCAAAAUCAUACGAUUCUGAGUACUCGGAGUCUGGCACAGCAGGAAGAACUAUCAACGUAACUCAAAUUCCAGAUGUGCAAAUAAAAAGUUCAACGUUGGGAGUACCAUUAGCCGGUCCAGUAAAAUUGGACGAGAGCGAUCGAUAUAAUUCAAAAUAUCAUUUAAAAAGUAUUAAAAAUGAAGAUUUCAAAGAAAGUCAUGGCGAUUACGAUCCUUAUUUUGAAUACGCACUUGAUUAUAAUCUGCCAACUGAUGGAAAAUUAACUACAUCGUUGAAAAAUUCUCAAGGUGCAGUGCAAUCUGCAACAUUGCCACAUUAUUCAAAUUCAGAAAUAUCAGCUUGCAAUAACUUAAGUUUACCAAGAAAUCGCUGUGAUUUACCUCAGAUAUCAAAUUCUAACUCGGCCCAAAUGGGAAACGGAUUUUUAGGUCAUUCACUUCUUCAAAAUGGCAUUGAUAGUCGCUUUAGUGCUAUAUAUGGUAAUCCUUACUUACGUACCAACUCUUCAAUUCUUCCACCACUACCACCUCCUAGUACAGCAAACCCUGCAGCUACGCCUGCUCCGCCUCCUUAUCAUGCUACACGAAAUCAAGGAGUUUGCAUUGUAAAUAAUUUUAAGCACUCUACAACUGCGAACGCUGUGGUUAACAGUAGUACGAAUGGCAAUUGUAGUAUUAGUGGGAGCAGUUCUAAUUUGACCGCCAGCAGCAACACACUUGCAGCUAUUACACCACUACCACAAAAUUCAAUUAACACAACUUUACCAUCGACUACACAUACCAACUCUGGUCAAUUUAUAUUACCAUCAAAUGGUACAAAAAAAGGCGCUUUAGCAACACAUGUUUAGACAAAAAUACAUAUAGUAGAUAUAGUAAGAUUAGAAAUAUGUAAUUAAUACGCUACCACUGCCAAUGUAUUUUCAACAAGUAUGUCGGAAGCGUAAUUUACAUACAUUAGAUACAUAAGUUAUGUUCAAAUUUUUUCUUAAUUCUUUUUGCUAUAUUAAGAUGCAAAAAAACAGUAAAUG